GAAGGGUGAGGCAUGCGGCCAUAUAGCAGCAUUGCUGUUUGCAUUGGAUGACUUUGUUGCUAAGGGACUGAAAGAUCUACCAGAGGACAGGUCUUCUACAGAAAAACUGUGCCAAUGGAACAAACCAGCAAAGAGAAAGACAGAGCCUAAAACUAUACACAAUAUCAGGAUAGUCAAGCAGGAGCCAGGAAAAGUGGUGAAAGGGAGGGAGACCUUGGCAUCCUUGGAGUUUGAUCCUCGCCCACCUGUAGAUCAACUUCAAGAAGAGGAAUCCAAAUCUCGUUUGACUGAAGCUUUGGAAGGUGCCAAUCCAACGUGUGGUUUCAUUAAGUAUAACAAGCCAGUUCCUGAUGUUCCCAACGUUACUGAGUCUUCUCUACUCACCAAAGAAAUAGUGUCUACUGUUAAACAUUUUACAGAUUUUGAGUUGCCUCCAAGUAUAUUAGACUUAAAAAAUGCUUGCAUGUACUUUAAAGACUCUUUACAUUUGGAUGGUAAUGAAGUAGUUGAAUUGGAAUCAAGAACAAGGGGUCAGUCAAGCUCGCAAGAAUGGCACAGUGCUAGAAAAUACAGACUCACUGCAUCUGACUUUCACAAAGUGUUUGUACGCAGAAGUACAACAGAUCCAUCAAAACUUCUAAGAUAUUUUUUAUAUAACAAAAUGAAACCGACAAAUGCAAUGCUGUUCGGACUACAGCAAGAAAAAAAAGCUAUUGAGAAAUUUAAAUCUAAGUUGGUAGAACAGGGUAUACAUGUACAUGACGUUAUUGUUGAACAAAAAGGCCUGGUUGUUGAUUCACACUGUACAUUUUUAGGGGCUUCUGUUGAUGGCAUUGCUUUGAUAAAUGGCGAACAAUUCGUUUUAGAACUGAAAAAUCCUGCUUCAACAUGGGACAUGGACAUACCAUCAGCAGCAAAGAAGUUGCCCUGCUUGAAAAUGAAUGAAAAUAAUGAGGUCUGUCUCAAUGUAAAACAUUCUUAUUAUACUCAGAUUCAGGGACAAAUGGGAAUCUUAAAUAUUUCAAAAUGUUACUUUGUUUUGUGCACUAAGAAUGACAUUCAUAUAGAGAUGGUUACAUUUGACAAACAUUUUUGGGAGAGGGUUUUACAUAAACUUACACAGUUUUAUGAUUAUUUCAUGUUACCAGAAAUUGUUUACCCCUCUGUGAAAUUUGGUCUGCCAGCUUUUGAUAUAUCAAAAUUUUGAAUCAAGGUGUUGUACAUAUAUGGUGUCAUGACUCCUUCUCCAUUCAAAUCCCUUCAUGGUACUUAUGCGAGAGAAAAGAGAAGUGAACUUUCAAAUAACAAUGUGUGUAGUGCAUGACAUUGUCAACUUAAUUUCUACAUCUAGGAUCAUUAUUUGUGUUACAAUGCAUAAGUGAUUACAUCAUGCUUUGAUAUACAGUAUAUUAUUAAGAAUACCAUGUUUACUUUUUUCCAUAUUAAAAUGAAGAGGUGUUCCAUAUGUUAGUGAUUUUUUUCAAAUCUUGUUAGAAGUUAAAUGAGAUAUUGAUGAAAACGCAAUGAAUUCUCGUAUUAUCCAAAGUUGAUUCCCUCUUUUAAAUUAUGUAACAUUUAGUACAUAUUUGUCAAUCCAUUGAAC